UUUGUGUUAGCAACAUGCACAUGCUGUGUUUGACGUCAUUUAUACAGCUGACCUUACCGCAGUCUGGAUGUGUUGUAAACGAUAAGCAAGUCUGCGGACACGUCGCCGUUUAGUUUAAAUCAGUAACUUCAGGUAUCAUAUUCUAUUGGACCUGUACACCUGUUUGGAAAUACUGAAGAAUUGAGCGCUCUGACGGUAGGGAGGGUAUAAGAGUCUGUCGGAGGUAGUUUAGUGAAGGAGAGAUGGAGAACGGAGGGGUGAAGUCGUUGGCGCCGGGGGCCAGCGAGGACAGCGUGGAGUUUAGGCUGCUUAUGGCAUAUGCGCAGAGGAGACGGCCGCAGCCCACCAACGGAGACGCCACGCCCCCGCCAGCCAAGCCCCCGGCAGAGAAGAAAAAGAAGAAGAAGACUAUCAAGCUGAAGAAACUGUUCCUGGGGUGCAUACACCCUCAGAAGGAGGACUCUGAGACCAGCACAGACCCUGAUGCCCUGGGUGAUGGGGAGGCCCUGGGCAUCCUGGCAGACAGGCUCAGUAAGAUUGUGGAGUCAGUGGACCUGGGGCCUGGAGACAUUGAGACGGAUGCACCUGCUGAUGAUAUUCAAGCAAUUGUAGAUUUACUGCGCGAGUCUGGCGACAAACUCAAUGAAGAGUUUGAGAGGAAUCCGUCCCUGGCCCAGCGCUUCCGCAAAGACUUCACCUACGGCCUUUUUAAGGAGAUCACCACCCUGUUCCUGCAGAGCGUGCCGCUGUCUGAGAAUCACAGCACCAAGAGCCCACAGGAGGGCAAUAUUGCGCUCACCUGUGAGGUCGCCAGGAGGCUGACUGCUGUAGACGCCCACCCAAUGAACAUGGUGAUGGGCUUUGGAGCCAAAUACCUGCAGGAGCAUUUCUCCACCUGGGUCCAGCAGCGCGGCGGAUGGGAGAAAGCAUUGGCCAGUGGAGAAGAAGAUGAGGAUCCAUGAGACAGAGGGAUUAUGGUCUCCUGCAUCUCCAACCUGGUGCCGUGAACCAAAAUCCUGAUUAUUGGGACAGGAAAUUAUUCUCAGGUUGUAGUUUUUAGCAAAACAGGUGUUAGUGCUAUGAACAUUUCACCAAAUGACUCUGAUGAGAGCAAAUCUUGAGCAGGCACCAGCGAGUUUGAGGGGGGUCACAACCUGAGCCACGGACGUCAUUUACAUAUUAACUACUGUGUUCUGCAAAAUGGCUAAAGUUUUAAAUGGUCAAAGUUACAUGUCAGCGAGCUAGUUUGAUUCAACGAAGGAUACAAACAGUACCCUGGAGCCCAAUAAGUUGUGAAUGCAUAGUAGAAGCUGCCUCUGCCUUGACGCAAACAUAGGAAAAGUGUCUUUCAUCUGAGUUGUUGUUGCUUCAUUUAAUCCAAAAUAUCUUUGUCUUAAAAUUGUGUGUGUUGAUCACAACUCACAGGGUUUUCCAUUUUAUUUUUUGUGUUUCAUAGGCCCAUAGGCCAGUCAAAUUUUCAAAUAGGUGUAGCCCCCCCCCCCCC